UAUCUGCCUCCAGAAAUAGCUCUCUGUAAACAUAACAGCCAGGGGCAUGUGAGUUGGGGCCAGGAUCGUUACCUACGGAGGCUGCCCGAUCCAUCCUGGUUUGCCUGGAACGUUCUGGAAGCACUGCCUCACAGGACACCCCCAAACUGGAUGGCUGAUCUCCUAUACACCCUGUGCUGGGGAUCCCAUGUAGUUUUUACAAGGACCAACCUUGCAGAUGAGGCGAUGGCCCUGUGGCCCGAGGUGGCAUGGCAGGCGUGGGGCUGGGCCGGCCUGAGCAUCUGGCUUUGCUGCUGCCUGGUGAGGCUUACGCUGUAACCGGAGCGGGGCAGACUCCUCCAUCCUAAAGCCUCUCCAGCAACGGCUUUGGAGAUCCUGGAAUUUCCUUUGGGCUCCAAUCAGCUGUUUUUUCCGUUGAGGGUGGAGGGGCAGUUUUCCCAGCAAGACCCUUCCUUAGGGCAAGGCUGGAGUGUUGCCUUGGGAAAGGUGACGGCGCAGUGACGGGGUCGAGGGGGAGGGCAGCCUGUUCCUCCUCCCCCCAUGCCUGGGAACAGGGUGGGAUCUCAGGCUCCCCUGUCCCAGUUGCUGGCAGCAGCGCCUGCCCUUUUGUCAGCCGCCUGGGCUGGAGCCAGGGAAUUCUAAGGGGCCAGAACCUGCCUAGAUGCCCCGGGGCCCCUGUGCCCAGGGCCAGCAGCCUGGGCAGGGUGCAACUGCGCAGCUCACGGCUCCAGGAUCUCUCGGGGCUCCACCCGGCUGAACGGGCCUCUGCAGCCCCUGCCUGUCCAGGAGCCUGGUGAGUGGCGACUAUUUUCCAGAGUUGGGUGUUUCUAGCUGUGCCCAGGGACUGACUGGCUGAGGACCCCAUCGGAGAGCCUUGGAUACCCUAACUGAACGAGAAUGGGGAAUGAGGAUUACAACACUUCCCUUGCCUAUGAUGACUACCUGGACGAUUUUGACCCCAUCAUGGUCCUGGAGGAAUCUUCUCCCCUGGAAGGCACGACAGCCAGGAUCUUCCUGGUGGUGGUCUACAGCAUCAUCUGCUUCCUCGGGAUCCUGGGCAAUGGGCUGGUGAUCAUCAUCGCCACCUUCAAGAUGAAGAAGACGGUGAACACGGUCUGGUUCCUCAACCUGGCCGUGGCGGACUUCCUGUUCAAUGUCUUCCUCCCGAUCCACAUAGCCUACGCGGCCCUGGACUACCACUGGGUCUUCGGGACGGCCAUGUGCAAGAUCAGCAACUUCCUCCUCAUCCACAACAUGUACACCAGCGUCUUCCUGCUGACCGUCAUCAGCUUUGACCGCUGCGUCUCUGUGCUCCUCCCCGUCUGGUCCCAGAACCACCGCAGCGAGCGGCUGGCCUACGUAGCCUGCAUGGUCAUCUGGGUCCUGGCUUUCUUCCUGAGCUCUCCCUCCCUGUUCUUCCGGGACACGGCCCAUGUGCACGGGAAGAUAACCUGCUUUAACAACUUCAGCCAGUCGGCGGCCAGCUCUGCCCCGUGGCCCACUCACUCCCGCCUGGACCCCGUGGGCUUCGGCCGGCACACAGUGGUGACCGUCACCCGCUUCCUCUGUGGCUUCCUGGUCCCCGUGCUUGUCAUCACGGCCUGCUACUUCACCAUCGUCUGCAAGCUGCGGCGCAACCGGCUGGCCAAGACCAAGAAGCCCUUCAAGAUCAUUGUGACCAUCGUUACCACCUUCUUCCUCUGCUGGUGCCCCUACCACACCCUCCAUCUGCUGGAGCUCCACCACACCGCUGUGCCCGGCUCCGUCUUUAGCCUGGGUCUGCCCCUGGCCACUGCCAUUGCCAUUGCCAAUAGCUGCAUGAAUCCCAUCCUGUAUGUCUUCAUGGGCCAGGACUUCAAGAAGUUCAAGGUGGCCUUCUUCUCCCGCCUGGUCAAUGCUCUGAGCGAGGACACAGGCCACUCCUCCUACCCCAGCCACAGAAGUUUUACCAAGAUGUCGUCGAUGAACGAGAGGGAGACCAGCAUGCUUUGAGGCCCAUCUGGGAACCCCGAUGGACAGACACUCCGGCCUUGGAGGCCGCAAACUCUGCCUUUUCGAGACCACGGCAGAAACCUCCCCAGGACACACCAACGCCCCCUGUAGUCUGCACGGGGCUGACUGGCAUUUUGAGCUGGGAGUCCAGGGCUUGGAACUCCUUUGUUCGAGUGGCCUGAUGGACUGGGCAAGCCAUGUCCUCUCAACUUUGGACUCUUUCCAUGAGGAUCUGGGGUCUGGGGGAGGCAGGGACGGAGAAGAGCUCAGGCCCUCAAAGGAGGCCAACUGAAGAUACUCACCCUUGAACUUUCCAGGGUGAUGGUGCUUUGCGGGGCCAUAGCUGUUUGGGAGACGUGGUGCCAGCCCCUUGCCCCAGGCCCUGCUCGCACCUUGCCUUUGUUUCCUGGGGGCCAGGUCAUGGCGGGCAGCCAUCACCUGCAGUUUUCACCCCAUCCUGGGGGCUGCCCUUCCUUCCCUGGUCCACCGACUCUGGCUGCCGGUGCUCAGAAUAAAGCACGCCAGGGCGGGAGGCCAGGGAAGGAGGGCCUGUCCUUCUCCUCAGCUUCCUCCAAGCCUUGCCCAAGUCAGCUUCAGGAAACAAGCUGGGGGCAUCCUGCAGGUUGAAGAACGGGUCCAAGGUCUUGGUCACGGAACUCAGCGGAGCCUGCAGCCUGGGCCCUUGUCCUGUGCUGCUGAGAGGCAGGCGGUGGGGCCUGCCCAGGAGUAGCUCUGUUGCCGUUUCUCAAUGAGGCCUGACACCUUCCCGUGCUACAGUGUCAUUAUCCCACUUACAAGUUACAAGUGACAAAACAGACGUCCUGUUUGGGGGUGGGGGUGGGGAGUAACUCACAGGGACACGCAGCUAGCCGGAAGCCAGUUAAGAGGUGAAGCCAGCUCUGACUGGCUCCGGAACCUCUGUUUUUUUUUUUUUUUUUUUUUUUUUUUUUUUUUUUUUUUAAUGGAGGGUGUAUCUAUUGAGAAUAUUCUAGACUCUCAUGUUCGCCUACAUUUACUUAGCACCCCCUAUGCUAAAGACUGUCCAUGUGUUACCUCCUUUACUCCCCUCCGCCCCGGCGGGCCUGAGUUAGGUACAGUUAUUACUUCCCUUUUACAUAUGAUGGAUAGCUGCAGCUCAGAGAGGUUAAGUAACUUGCCUAAGGGCGUCCAGUGGGUCUCUGCCAGAACUUGGAUUUGAAAACAGGUCUUUCUGGCUCAGAGAAGGCUGCAGAAUCAGGGUGUGGAGAGAGGCUUGGGGUUUUGACCAUAAAUAUCUAUUACUCGGCAGAUUCAUAUAAACCUCUUAAUAGCGCAUAACCCAGGCUUGCAAAAAGUUUUUCAAAAUGACCCAACAUGGCAAAGAAAGUACACUUCGCCUCCAGUCCCCUGACACCCACCCACACGUGCCCACUGUGGUUCCCAUGUGCUGCACCACCGGCGACCUCCAGGGAAGGCAGGGUGGGGAGAGAGGCUGGGCUGGAGCCGGUCUCUGGUGGGCCCGAGGCCCUCCGGCCUCGAGUGUCCACAUUCUCUUGUCUUCCACGUGCCGCCGUUGUGAAGCCAAUUCCCUGACAAGAUGCGGUGAACACAUGUAAUGUGUACACAGCGCUGGGCAGGUUCCCGAGGCCACGGGCUUUUGAAAGGGGUUUGGAAAUCACACCUCAUUAAAAGAGGGACUGUUCCUUCCCUCCUUGGGCCAUUGUGCUUAUGAGGAGGCAGCUUGGAACUGACCCCAAGGCAUCCAGUGGCUUCAAGAAAUCUAAACUCGGGCCAUCUGGGAGCAUAAAAAGGGAGCUUGAAUUCGUGCCCAGUGCCUUUUGUCACCUCCCACCACCGUGGCACAGGUGAAGGAGCUAAGGCACGGGACAGCGUGGGAUGUCUGGCCCCAGAGGGACAGUCCUCAGCCACUCAGCCUCUGACCCCCAGGUGCUACUUGCUCAGGCCAGGGCCCUCGCUCCUCCUGGGCUGCAUGCCGGCUAGGCAGGGCCAGGGAGCCAGGAAAUCAUUUUGUCAUUGGAAAAGCUGAUGAGCAGGAGUAAAACUCAAACCAGCUGUUUCCUCCUUAAGGUCAGGCCUCUUUCUGGCUGCCCCACCAGGAGUUUCUCAUUAAAUACUGAAAUGCAAUCGGGACCUCCUCCUGCAUCUUGUCCCUGCAGCUUCUUCAGAGUGUCUCCCAGGGGACAUAUACAAAGGUCCUGUGGUUCACAAAGAGUGUGCCCUUGCACUACUCCACAGGCGGCCAAUGUGCUUUGUGCCUGAGAGGGUCUGCCCCCAUUGGGGCCAGGAACCAGUCAAUGGGGGCCCCCGUGCUGCUUCCUGGGUGGGGCGGGUGGGUGGAGGGCGGACGGGGAAGUGGGCACAGGGACAAGAAGUGAAGGUGGGGUUUGACAGGAAGAGGGGAGGGACGCACAGAGGAAAUGCAAAAUAGAGACCAAGCAAAGGGGUCUGGCAUUCAUUAAACAAGUCAUAAGACUUGUCAGGCUCAGGAUCUCAUCAGACCCUCCAAAGGAGAAGAGGACCAUCGGAGCCACAUGGGUGACGCAGAAUGAGAGGUUUGGCUUGCGGGCCCCACUUGCUCAGGGGAGCUCCCAGCUUCUUCAGCCUGUGGGAGGAAGGAGGGGGGCAGGAGGCAGAAGAGGGACCAGAGGGAGGGGCUCAAGAGGGGACAGUGACCCAGAUGUGGCACUGGCUGAGGAAUGAGGAAGGAAUGGCUUAAGCCUGUCCCCAGAGUCAACUCGAGAGGGUUUAAGGGGCCAGGCUGGGCAGGAGAGGAUAGAGUCCAACAGUGAGUGCCACAAGGGGCAUUCCCAUUUUACAGAUGAGGGAGCUGAGAGCUGUUCUUUGCCGCAAAUGGAGCUGGUAUUUGCUUGGAUGGAAGGGAUACGUGAUUCCCCAGCCUUUCCCUCUCCCAUUCCUCCCUAGCAUGUGGUGCCAUGGUGGAGAUGGGUGCCCCGGGCCUGUGGUUGCCAAGCCCUGGACUCAGAAAAUUGCUGCUAGGGGUGGUAUUCAGGACCAGGAGUAUCCAGGAAGCCAUUUGUCCAACCAAGAAGUAAUUCAGGAGGGUGGGGGUUGCUUGCUUUCUCCCUUUGAGGACAUAGUUGCUUUUGAAUAAAGAAACGAGAGGUGAGAGCGGGGCCAUGCUGGACGUUCCUGCCCACCCCCAAACCCUCUUGCCUUCCUCCUCCACCUCACAGAGCAGCAGGCGAGGCUCAGAGAAGUGCAGCACGCUGCCCAAAGUCACACAGCAGUGUUGUGAAAUGGCAGCAGGAGGAAGCCAGAAGUUUCCUACCAUUCCCCAAAUUUAGGACUUCAAAGAAACUGUGUUUUGAAAAGCAUUCCCUCCACUUUACUUCAAUUUCUUGGCAACCAAGGACCGUAGAUUGUUAGUAAUGACUCAAGAUAACCCCACCCAGCCACUCCAACAUCCGUCUACCCACCCAGCCACCCAGCCACCCAUCCAUUUACACAACCCAUUCAUCCGUUCCAUAAAAAUCUGUUUAAUACCUUCUCUUUGCCAGGCCCUGUUGUAGGCACCGGGAAUGCGAGGGUGACCAGGGCAUUCACAGUCCCUGUCCUCAAGAGCUCAUUCAUUGGUCAGUGGGAGAGAUAGCCAAUAAUUUUUUAAAAACCACACCCUUAAAGGAAAAGAACCAUGCUAAGCGCUACACACCUAUUAGAGAGAGAUCUGACCCUGUCCAGAGGAGAGGGAAGCCUUGGGGAAGAGACACUUGAGAUGUGUGGGAUGGGUAGGUGCUGAUUCGGUGGCAGAGGGGCGGGGGCUGGAGAAGGUGCUCCAGGUGGCAGGAACAGAGCGGGAGGGGAGAGUGAUGGCAAGGGACGGAAGGGGGUGGGCGAUGCAGCAGAGGGAGGAGAAUGAGCCCAGAGCAGACAGGAUGGAGAGGACGGCAGGGGAGGCCAUGGGCAGGGGAGGACGUGCUCAGAUCUGCAUCUUGCAAUGAUGCCGGGGGCUGCUCUGGGCGGGACAGGAUGUGGAAGGACAGGAGGGGAAGCCAGGAGGCUGCCGCAGCCCCCAGCUGAGGGUGAUGGGUGCAGAGGUAGAGCUCAAAGAAGGGGACUAUUCUAGAGAUACUUAAAAUCUACCCAAGCUUUCUCAGGGGAGCGGUUAGCGGGAAGCCAACGCAGGGCCCAUUUCAGCGGCACAGAGGCCUCCGUGCGUUCCUUUAUUGAUGGAAAUUAAUUGUAAAUAUUAUUCAAAUUUACCUCCCAAUGCACAAUUACAUUUCUCAGGGGAGCCCUCUGAGCACAUAAUAAAGCCCUAUAAAUAAUACAUAUAUUAACCUAAGAGGAACGGAGGCACAUUAAUGCUGUACUUGCGGGUGGCGGCUGGGGGAGUUUAUGCAGACAAGAUGCUAAGUGCUUAGACCGAGGAUUUAACUUGGGAGAUCACCAGAGCUCUGUCCCGGGGAGCUUCUGGAAGUCUCCCCCCAUCCCUAGAGGGCAGCUAGCUGUUGCUCUAGAGGCCCAGUCAAUGGCCAGUUGGUCACGGGUAGAGAAAGCACAGGUGUAUAGGACCCUUACCUUGUUCCUGAAGCCCCAAGAAAGCAUUUCCCAUAGUCAUAAUAGUUGGUCCUAUUAACUGAGCAUGCGCAGGGUUUGGGUCUCCUCCAAGUGCUUUGGUUUCAUUAUCUCUUUGGAUCCUUACAACAACCUUUAUGGCAGCAGCCAUUCCUCUUCCCACUUCCCCAUGAGGAAAUGAAGGCUCAGAGAGGUGCAGUGUCUUGCCCAGCAUCACACAGCUAGUAAGUGACAGAGCUAGAGUUUCCAGCUCAAGUGUUUAACUUGAAAGCAACUUGCGAGCACAAACUGUCCUCUAACGAGACUCCUUCCUAGAGAGAGGAAGGCAAGCGUACGCUCUCUGUCCAGUGUCAGAUUUUGAGGAGAUGGGAAUGGGGGUGGGGGGUGGAUCUGACAGAUUGCUUUUUCCUCUCGGUGGAAGGAAAUGGUGUCUGGGUGGGCUCGUCAUUCCUUCACAGCCCUAGGAAUCUACAGAUUCCAUUUACAGAUGGUGAAACUGAGGCUCUUUGCAGAUCAGAGGCGAGCCUCCCACCUCCCUGACUGCUGGGACAUGAGAUGCAUGCAGGAAAACGCCCACAUGAGCCACUUUUCCGAACACCACUGCUCUAGAGACCCGAGCAUUCACUGAGCCGCUAGUUUGUUGGUAAGGGCUUUGGUGCUGAGCUGCCAUGAAGGACCCCUGCCCAGGAUCUUGGGGGGCGGGGUGUCACUGGGGCAUUUCCAGCAGAAUCCUAUAAAGGGAAAGCAGGAGACCUUGGAAACCCUGGUAUAGGGCAGAGACCGACCGUGUUUGGGGCGUAAACAUUAUCCCUCACGCUUGUCCUGCAUAUGGGCGACGAUGCUCUCUAUCCGGAUCUUGGUGCACUUACAGGGCUAUCUUCGUCCAUCCAACCUCAUUUGUCUAUACAUACGUGAUCACUGCACUUUACUGUAGUAAGUUAGGCCUCAAGGAAAGUAUUUGGAAAAAUAAAUUUUAAAAUAAAAUGUAA